GACUUUGGGCUACAAUUGCCUGAGAAUGGACUUGGUGACCCAGGUCUAUGACAACGACAUUGAGCGGAACUACUUUCUUUUGAAGGAGCUCUUGAUAGGCAUUGGCUUCAAGUUGCAGCAGGGGAACCCAACACUAGCAGAUUACCAAGCUGGCUUCAUCUACUUGACAUCGACUGCCAACUACCACCGGUGCUUCUACAAGAAGAGAGGUGGAAAAGGUCGUAUCAAGGACUGGUCUCACCUUGAGUCCACAAGGUGUAGAGCUUUGGUCACGCAUCUCCUUCGGCUCACGUCCAAGACUACUGAGUCGAGGAGUGGUGAGAUCAAAGUGUUGAAGAAGAUCGUGGUCCAUUUCCAGGCUCUUUUGGGUGAGGAUGAUGGCCCUGACUUGGAGCUCGUGGUUGAUGAUGAGCCAAUCAUCGUGGAGACCAAGGAUGAGAUCAAAGAUGAAGUCCAAGAUGAAGCUGCUACAGAGCCGAUAGAGGAUGUUCCUGUGCGUUCACGUCGUGGUGCAGUGAAGGAGACACUACCAUAUGAUCCUAUGGAAGUGCCACCGGAAGUUCCUCCUGGUCCGAACCCGUGGGAUACUGAUGUGGAGGAUGAUGAGGAGCCACUUGCAGCUGACACCAAUGGUGGUGAAGCAGCAUCAGAAGGUGCUAAGGCUAGCAGCCUGGUGUCCCAACAAGCUGAACUGCGAGCUGACAAGCGACGGGAGGAAAAGGAGAAACCACCAGCAAAGCCAGGAAGAAAGCGCAAAGAACCCACUGAGCCCACAGAGGAAGCUGGUCUGGUUUCUAAAGCCCGUGGCAAACGACCCAGCAAGGAAAAAAAAACUGAAGUAGAACCUGCAGCAAGUAGUGCACCUGAUGUGCCUGUUGCUGCUGCUGCCAAACGGAGGGCAAGGAAACAAACCAAAGCAAGUGAGGAACCAAAGGAUGUUGAGGGAAUGGCCAAAACGCCUAAGGGCAAGGGCAGGGGAAAGGGCAGAGGUAAGAGCAAGUCAGGUUACUCACCUGGCACCAGCAAACUGAAGGCUGACAGGGCCUAUGAGAAAUUGAUUGGGUCUUGUCUCCGUGAUAUGAAGGUACCAAAACUUGGGGACCGAAAGUCCUUCACUUUGCCGUCCCCUGGGUCUGACAAGUCAAGUGUUGGUGUGGUCCUGUACAAUGAAUACUUCUACGUGACGAAGUGUGUCACACCUGUGACGUCAUGGCCUGAAAGCUGCGCUGACUUGAAGGUGGACACCAAGGGUGGUGUGACCAUUCCUUGGUAUUGCUCUGAAGGCGAGGAGAAGACUAUGAUUCGCAAUGCGUGGGCACAAGCCAAAGUCUUGGCAGGGUGGGAAGAGGUCGUUCCACAUCGAAGCUGGCCAUUGAUCCUGCUCGCUCUCCUCGCCAAGGUGCCCCCAGCUGUGCCCAACUGCAUAGGGUUCACCUUGGAACUGAUGUGGAUUCAUGUCCUUGAUUGGAUUGGACAAGACCUUGAGCGCCAGAAUGUGGUGAGGGACCAUUGGGGUUCUGCAGUUGGAUUCUGUGUGAAGCCUGAUGCUAUGCAGGGAGUUGAUUUGACGAAAGAUGAAGCUUUGCACAACCUGAUGUACAUGGGCACUCAUGGAGGAUGGUCGGUCAAACCCGAAUUCUCCUAUGGCAAUGUGCAUGGUGCCCAGUUGUGUCACUCAGUGCAGGAUUGCAAGGCACCACUCCCGGACCUGCAGGCCAUCAUCAAGGGUGGCUUCCGAGAACCACCUGACUGGGCACCAGCCCUCUUGGAGCCCUUUGUGGGGAUGGUUCAGAAAGCUGCUGUGGCAGGCUUGUAUAUCCCAGAGCGAACCCGUUCUGCCUCUUCCAUGGAUUCGUUCAACUCAGAGGAUGAGAUUGCGCAGUUAGAGAAACGAUUGGGUGUGAAGCCACGUGAACCAGUUCCUGUGCCUACAGCGUCAGCAAAGAGUACCCCUAUCAAGUCUCCAGAGAAAAAGAAGUCCAAGGGUGGCAUCGAGUCCGAAAAGGUUCCUAAGACACCAGACCUGUCAGAUCCUGCGAAUGCCGUGCUUGAUGCCCAGAUUCCACCAUGGGAUCGCCUUCCAGAGCCAGAGACUGUCCCCGGUUCGAUUGACUUGGGCUCCCAGGAAUAUCAACCCAGCUACUUGGAUGACCCGACACCAGGUGAAGAAGCCUUUCGAAAAAUGAUGGAUCGACCCUUGAAAGAUGUCGUGUUUCCAACUGGCAGGUCUGAUUGGGCAAUUGAAUUUCUCCGGGAUGAUGUGAAGCUAUGGGUUCAAAGGCGACAGGAAUGUGGUGACGUGGGGGAAAUUGACCCUGCCAUGACCCAGUUUGUUGACAAAGUAGUGAAGACUGGACAGAUGUUGGAAAAGCUGUACAAAGAGGUUGAACCAGAACGUCAGGCACAUGCCCUCUUCUUGUCCAAACUUGACCGUGCAGCUGUGGCCAUGAAGGACAUGCAGCUGCGCAAGUUCCAGGAACUCAACCCUGGUACAGAUCCCCUUUCUUCGAAUGAUUUCAGUGAAAAGGUCAGUAAGAUCCAGGAGUGGAAAAAACAAAAGUUGGAGGACCAGUUGAAGGUGCUUGAUCGAUCUGAACAAACCCUGAAAGAACAUGAGGACCAACAUGUGGCGAUCUUGAACGAAAUGAUUCAUGCUGCCCGUGCUAUGUUGAACAGUCCUACUGUCGUACAACCAGUUCGAGUUGAUGCUACAGCUGCUGACCUCAUGGAGGAAUUGUCAUCCUUUCUUGAUGAGAAGGAUUUGGUUGAUGACAAUGAGGUCAAAGCCUACAAUGGCCCACCAGUCGCUUUGGAUGAUGACGAGAUUGCCCGAGCCCAGAAGAACUCCAAGAUGAGAUUCUACAGGUCCCUGUCCAGUUCGGCUUGCCCAGCAGCUGUUGUUGAUGCAGCCCGUGGCAAUCGCAAAGAUCGAGCUUUGAUGGCCAAGUUGUACGAACAGUGGAUCUCAAGCAAUGAAGACUGGAUGCAAUCUAGCCUAGUGGUGAACAAUGCCAAGUCAAGUUCGACACGUCGCAGGGGUCGCUAUGUCAUGAAGACCUUUAAACAAUUGAGGGAUCUUUAUGGCGCUGCCGUGGCCAAGGGUCUGAGGGAUGCCAAAAGAGAGCUUGAGGCAAACAAAUCCAGUUCUGACACCAAUUGCUAUUGGAUGGAGAACCCUGACCUCCCUGGAAAAGAGGAACCUAAUCUGAUUGAGCAGGACUUUGAGCUCAUCAGGGUCUUCGAUAGCUUGGAGUUUGAAGAUGAGACUGAAGAGACAGCCUACAUGUCCUUGCAAUCCCGUGGAACCCUGAACGAGGAACAAACCCGUCAGCUGAUGCAGCAAGAUUCCAGCAAUGAACGCAUGGCUGAGCUGUUGCGAUCAAACACUCGAAGCCUUGGUUUGGGUGUGGCAGAUGCCAAGGCCAAAGCUAUGCCGGGCACACCGGGUGGACCUGGGGAAAAGUCUGACACCUUGCGCAAUGGCUUCAAGGGGGAGUUGGAGGCACGAUCCAAAUCUCUUGGUGAUGCUAAGAUGAAACUUGAGGAGCUCUAUGCCACGUGCUUGGAUGAGGAUGCCGUGAAAAACAACCCAGAGUUGCAAGGGAAGAUCGAUGCAGCUAUUCGAGCAUGUGAUGCAGCUGUUACUUCAUAUGCUGGCACCUUGAGAUCUGUGAAGACAUCGAUGGACCCUCCACUGCCAAAGGCGAAACGAGCAGCCAAAGCGAAGAGUGAAUCAUCUUUCCGAAAAGUGCAAGAAACUUUGAAGGUUGUUGACCAGGUGGUUGAUAGCUUCAACCAACUCUAUGCGAACGAUGACAUGAUGGUGACCGAGGUCCGAUAUUUGAUCUUCCCAUGUUCAAUUUCCACUGCAUUCGGUUCUGCCAAAUGCAUGUCCUACACCUUGGUGUUGACCUACUUGUGGCUUGGCAAGAAAUUUCUGCCAUCCAGUGGUUGGAAAGCUGCUCGGCAUGAACGGCGAGCACAUUGCGAGAGUGGUGUGAU